AUGAAUUUCGACGUUGUCGUCUUUGAUACAGCACCGACUGGACACACAUUACGCCUGUUGUCUUUGCCUUCUCUGAUCGAAAGAGGCCUUGGUAAGCUGUGCAAGAUCCGCAACAACAUCGUUCCAAUGCUUCGGCAGAUUGGUGGGAUGUUCGGUUUGGGGGAUGCUUGCGGUGAUGAUGCUACUAAGAAAUUGGAAACCAUUUUGCCUAUCAUUCAAAAAGUUAACCAGCAGUUUCGAAAUCCGGAGCUAACGACGUUCAUCUGUGUUUGUAUCGCUGAGUUUCUCUCAUUAUAUGAAACCGAACGUCUGAUUCAAGAGCUUCUGAAACAGUCAAUUGAUACGCAUAAUAUUAUAGUGAAUCAGUUGAUUUUCCUGCCCGAAGGUCAGCGGGAAGCGUGUAAAAUGUGCGCUUCGCGCAAAAAGAUUCAACAGAAAUAUCUUGACCAGAUUUGCGAUCUGUACGUCGAUUUUCACGUUACGCUUCUGCCGUUGUUGGGCAAGGAAAUCAGAGGAAGCAAUGAAAUUAAGCUGUUUUCUGAGCAUCUAGUUGCUCCCUAUUCGCCUCAUUAA